AUGUAUACACUCAAACUGCUCCACUUCAGCAUGCGGAUCCACAACAAGGAUUCCAGGUACUUCUUAAAAUUUCUCGGUGGAAGUACAGCCAUAAGGCAAAAAGGCAGUGGAACCUUUUGCGCUCAGACACUCAGGAGUUGCAGUUGGAUCCUGAGACAUCCACGUGGACAAAGUCCACAGAGUGCUUGCCUGACAGGAGCCUGGCAAACUCCUCGACAUGCCCGGGCCGAGGUCGAGGAUCUGGAGGACGUGGAGGAGAUUGAAGAUGACGAUGAUGAAGUUGACCUUGAUGCAGACCCCAACUGGCCCAAAGUCAAGCAGGACAUGGUGAAAAUCUGGAACAUUCGAUAUGAGUCAGAAGAUUGGCUCCUCGCCGAUGACGUCAAGGGACUCAUGGAUGAGCACUUGCAGAGUGUGGUGGGCAAAGCAAAUUACCUUGACAUGGAAGAAACAUUUGUUGAGGUUGCUGAAGAUGAACCUCGACCAGGAGAAAUUAGCAGGGAAGAUUUUUCAGAAAUUGCAGGAAUUUAUGUUUACAAUGCCUUAUACACAUCAUGA